AUUAUUAAAUGUCUUUUAAAAAAUAGGCAACAAAAAUGGCUGGUAAAAGGGCAAAACUUCGCGAAAAACGCGAAAAAUUAAAUAUAACAAACCUAAAAGAGGUAGAUAUACUUUGUCCGAUUUGCAGAACGAUAAUUAUUGAGCCGGUGCUUCUUCCCUGUAACCAUGCCUUCUGUAAGCAGUGUUUUGAUGGGGCUAUGGAGAACACAAAUUUGGUUUGUCCCCUCUGCAGAGUCCGAGUUGGUUCAUGGUAUAGAAAAGCCAAGAAAAACGGGGAAUUGGUAGAUAAGUCCUUUUGGGAUGCUAUUAAAAUACAGUAUCCCAGAGAAAUUCAAAAUAAGUACAAUGGAAUUGAUAACAGUAUAGAGGAAGAUAAACCAUUGAUAAGGAUAGCAGCACCUGGUGAGAUUCGUAAGGAAUACGAACUGCAACUAAAGCAACAAAAAACAGAGGAAGCGGAAAUACAAAAACAUCGUGAUAUAGAAGAAGAGAAAGCCAGUAAAGCUCUAAUUAGGCAACUCAAAGAGGAAGAGGAGGAUCUGAAAAGACUUGAACAAGAAAGAAUAAGAAUGGAUGAAGAAUUAGCAAAACAAUUAUCAAAAGAACAAAUUCCUUCAACUUCGAAGUUAACCAAAAAGACAACACAGAAAUUUGAACCAAGCAAGGGCAAGUUUAUAAAAAACAACAAUAUGAAGCUCUAUAACAGGUCUACAGACCACGACUAUCAGAUAAAAGAAAAAAAGGAGCAUAUAAGAAGACUUGAACAAGAAAAAUUGAGAUUGCAGAAGGCAUUAUCCAAAGAAAUUCAAUCCCCUUCAACAUCAAAACUGAGCAAAAAUACGCCUAGAAAAUCCGGACCUAUGGACAGUUUUGUAGAAAAGAAAAGCUUUAAGCACUAUACCUUACCUAAAGACCAAGAUAUCCUUCAAAUAAAUAAAAAUAACGGGAGUACAAGUAGAACAGUUAGUCCAAACAAUCUCUCAACAAAACCCUACACUUGUCAAGUGUUGUACAUCGAUCAAAGUCCUACCCAAAGGAAAUCUUACAUAGAUGCAAAUAAGAAGAAAUCUCUGUAUGAAAGUCUCUAUGAAAAUAUCUAUGAGAAAAGUUUACAAUAUCUUGCUCAACACAAACGCAGGAGUAAAGAGACUGUGAGUAGGGAUAACAGUGAUGUUAUUGACCAGGAAUGUAAUUUUUACUUUAAACCAAUUGACUAUGAAGAGAACAGUGUACAGGAGCCGAAGAAUAACUUACCUUUAAGAGUACCUUGCAAGAAAGUCAAUGUUACAGACAAGACAGACCAAGGAAUAAUUAUGCCGCCAUGUGGAAAUGUAGUUGACAUUUACACUGAAAACGCAUCGGCUUUUGCAAAAACUUUGCCUGUAAUUAAGGAUAAUAAUAAAGUUGAAGUUAGCAGGCUUGUACCAGCACCAGAAACUAAUUUCUAUGGAUUCAGCAAUACUGAUAUUAGUAGUUCCCUUGCAAGCUGUGAUAAUGUUUCUAAGUGGAUUUCAAAUACUACAAAGUCUUUUUUUAAUAAUAAAGCAAGAGUUAAAGUUACAAAUUUUCCUACCCAUGAAAAAGAAAUGGCCAUAGAUAUAAAAAAUCACAAGAUCAAAAGAGAAAUGGAAAGAAUACAGCCUAGUAUAGUUAAUAAUUCGUUAGAUUCCUCUAAUUCAGUACAAAGAAACUCAGACUUUAGUCAUAAUCCUACAAAGAAAAUGAAAUGUUCAAAUACUAAUGCUAAAUUACCAGUAGUUGAUAAAGAGAUAUACGUAGAUAUACCUAAACUCAAAAUAUCUAUAACGGAUGCAUAUUCAGACAAACUAAUGAAAUGUUCAAAUACUAAUGCUAAAUUACCAGUAGUUGAUAAAGAGAUAUACGUAGAUAUACCUAAACUCAAAAUAUCUAUGACGGAUGCAUAUUCAGACAAACUGAGUCCAGAAAUCAAAACUUUAAACAGCAAUGCUGUAAAGGAACGUUUUAACAAAGAAUCUCGAAGAGUCGAUAGUUUUAUAAGUACUAAACAAAUACAAAUGCAAGAAGAAUCGGAUUUCGAGCUUGCAAAAAAACUUCAAGCUGAAUUCGACAUGAUUCAGACACCGUUAAGAACAAGAAGAGGAACAAAACGUCAGAUAACUCUAGACGAAAUGUUGCUGGUCUAGAGUUUAGAAUUUUUCUGGUAUUUUUAUUUUUUUAAUUCGAUUUUUCAAGGAAUUGUUUCUGAUUUUAUUUUUUCAAAGUUGUAUUAUAAAAAUAUAAUUAUUGUGACAUAUUUAGUUGGUAAUAUUUAUUUUUUUAAAAUAAUUUUGGUUUUAAAAAGAGUUGCUUAGAUAUUGUAAAGAAUUAUGUAUAGGUAUAUUAUACUUUUGGUUAUAAGUAACUACCUAUGAUGUAUACAUGUAUGUAUAACUCAAAUGUAUUAAGCUACAUUAUUUUUGUAUAGUGUAUAGAAAAAUUUGGUUUUCUAUUAUGUCUUUGAACAUUGAUGUUUAUUUGUUUUAUUUUUCUAAAUAAAGAGUUGUUUAUAUAAA